AUGCCGGCAUCCCAAGCCGCAGCCGCCGCAGCUGGCGGCGCACCCGCCCAGCCCGAUGCACCACCAGCCACCGACUGGAAGUGGACGCUCGGUCGGGCCGCGAUCAUGUACCUUGGAGUCCAGUUUGUCAUGGGACCCAACGGUCCCUUUGCCAGCAAGAAGGGCCCGCAGACGCAGCCGAGCGCACAGCAAGGUGUCGCUUCGGGGGACCCGACGGUCGUCGACGCCUCGUCGGCGGUGCCGGCGCGGAGCAGCCCCGUGCUGCCCGGAGCCGAAGUGGUGCCUCUGGCGGCGUACGGCAGGCCCACCGUGCCGGCCUGGUCACAGGAUGCACCUCUCGACUUUUACGUCUACAUCUCGUCGGCCCCUGCCCCGACGCACGAGGACCUCUUGACGCAGUCGUCGGAGCUCGUCGCGGGCGGCGGUACGGAGCGCGCUCCCCCGGUGCCCUUUGACGCUUUCCCGCAGCUGCUCCAGGACCCCUUCCGUCCGGACGCUGGCUCCGAUGCCCACGUCGUUUACGCGCCCGCAAACGGCGUCGCGAGCGGCAGCGGCAGUGGCAGCCUCCGACCCAUUGCGGCCGCAAAGUGGUCCGACAUUGGGCUCGGCGACUUUGCCAUGACGCGCGACGUCGACUUCACCCUCAAGCUCGACGACCAGGUGCGCAGCAACAACGGCAGCAUCUGGGCCGACCUCGUCGUCACGCCGCGCGGUGUGGCGCUCAACAAGCUCGACAGGGCGUCGGCGCGCAAGGCGGUCCUACGUACGCGAAAGCUCCUGACCCGGCUGCUGCCCCUCAAGAGGAAGCGCGAGGAAAAGAACCUCUUUGGCGGCAGCAGCAGCAAGAGCGGCUCGGAAGCCGAGGCUGGCGAGCCCGACGCCGCCGAAGAUGCCGUCGAUGCAAAGGCGCCGCCGCCGCUGGUCGGGCACUGGCACACGAACCUGUCGGUGGCGCUCGUCCAGGACGACAACAACCCGCAGAUCCAGCUGCAGCAGCUGCCCCCGCCGCUGCGGCAAUACAUCCACGUCCCGCGCGACGGAGCGGGCGAGAAGCUGCAGGACCCCACGGGCCAGUUUGACCUGCGCUUCCCCACCGUCUUCCCCAACGACUUCUGGCUUCUCAAGGAGCACAUGACGCCGAUCAACGAGACGGUGAGCGAGGUGCGGCUGCACAUCCACCUCUACCACCAGACGUUCUUCAAGUUCCAGAUCCUGGCCUCGGUGUCGGACGCGUUCGACAAGCAGGCCUCUGGGGCCGGCGGCGGUGGCGGCAUGGGUGCGAGCGCGACGGGCAGCGAGAUCGACAUGCUCAAGACGAUGCUCCUCGAGACCAACCCGUGGUUCCUGGCCCUGACGGUGACUGUCAGCCUGCUGCACAGCCUGUUUGAGUUCCUGGCCUUUUCGUCCGACGUGCGCCACUGGAAGAACAAGGACAACCUGGCGGGCGUCAGCUUGGGCUCGAUCCUGACCAACGUCGUGGUCCAGAUCAUCAUCACGCUGUACCUGCUCGACAACAACGAGGAGACAUCGUGGAUGAUCCUGGCGGGCCAGGCGGUGGGCGUGCUGAUCGAGGUGUGGAAGCUCACAAAGGCCGUCACCGUCGGCCUGGUCGCUGCGCCGCCGGGGUCGCUGGUGCCCUUCCGCCUCAAGAUCUCGGACAAGCACGUGCUGAGCGAAGAGGAGAAGCGGACGCAGGAGUACGACAAGCUCGCGUUCAAGUACGUCGGCCUCGUGGCGGUGCCCGUGCUGGUGGCGUACACCGUCUACUCGGCGCUUUACCAGACUCAUCGAGGCUGGUGGUCCUUCAUCAUCUCGACGGCGACGUCGUUCGUGUACGCCUUCGGCUUCGUGUCGCUGGUGCCGCAGCUGAUUGUCAACUACAAGCUCAAGAGCACGGCGGGCAUGAACACCAAGACGUUUGUGUACAAGAUCCUGGGCACGUUUGUCGACGACCUCUUCGCCUUCUGCAUCAAGAUGCCCACGCUCCACCGCCUCGCCUGCUUCCGCGACGACAUUGUCUUUUUCAUCUUCCUCUACCAACGUUGGAUCUACGGAAUCGAUCCGACGAGGAGGAACGAGUUUGGCCAAGUCGUCGAUCCAAAGGACGACCAGGACGAGGGCGGCGAAAAGGACAAGGUUAAGGCAGGCAAGCCGACGACGCCCGCCACGCCCGCUGUCGGCGCCCUCAAGGCCUCGGGACGCGAGGAACAGGUCAGAGACGGUCUAAGGCCUCGAGGAAGUGCCACAGCAGGCGAGGCAAAGGCGGAGCAGGAGUAG